CGCCGCUGGCUGCUCCUGCUCCGGCUUGGGCCGCACGUGCAGCCCCUUUCCGGCCCUGGUGCCCAGGGUCGCCGGAGCCCCUGGCUGGGUGCCCGCCAUGGCGGCGGCUGCGGCGGAGGCGCGCGUGUUCCUGGAGGUGCGGAGACGGCUGCAGAGCGCCCUGCUGAUCCUGGGCGAUCCGAAAGAAGGAGGUCUGCCCAUGGAUGUUUGCAUAACGCCGACCUCGCUCCAGAUGAAAAGCCCCGGCGGCUGCACAGAGCUCUGGCUGCCAGCAGGGGUCAGGCUUGUCCCGUCCUCCUGCCGUGGGCUGCAGCACGUGGCCGGGGACGGGCUGCACCUGCGGCUGCAGGCGCGGGCGGAAUUCUGCACAAAACUGAUCUCAGUGUUUAAUCAAAGCUCCCAAGCCCAAGAAUGUUGCACGUUUUAUUGCCAGUCCUGCGGUGAAAUCAUCAUGAGGAACAGGAAGCUCCUGAGGGUGCUCCCCCUGCCACAGGAAAACUGGGGUGCUCUGGUUGACGAGUGGUGUUGCCAUCCCAACCCCUUUGCUAAUAAGCCACUUCAUCCACAAGAGAAUGACUGUUUCACUGGAGACUGUUUCUUCUUGGUGAAUCUAAGACAUGAUUUACAGCAGCCGAGACCUGAAGUAGCCCCAGUUGAGACGUGCUGUCUUUCUUCUGAGAACCAUUUAAAAAUGAAACCAAAGGCAAAUACCAAAGUAAUUUGUAAGCGUUGCAAGGUAAUGUUGGGAGAGACUGUGUCAUCAGAAACCACUAAGUUUUAUAUGACAGAGAUAAUUAUUCAGCCAUCUGAAAGAAAUUUUCCCAUCAUACCAAGGUCUCAGUUUGUACAGAGCGUUAUUGCCCAGUGCCUGGUGGAACUCUCCUCUGCUAGAAGUACUUUUAGAUUCACUCUUCAAGGACAUGACGGCAAAGCGUACAUCUUGCUAUGGCUUUUAAACUCAGACAGUUUGGUGAUUGAAGCUUUGGAAAGUCCCACAAGUAUCAAAAAAUUCCCUCUGUUGGAAGAUGUAUUGAAGGCCGAUUCCAGUUCUGCCUGGAAUGCUGUCAAGGUCCUCUACCAGCCAUGCAUCAAAAGCAGGAAUGCAGAGCUCGCCAGCUCGUGGGAAAGUGACAUCAGUGUCCACUGCCUAACCCUGCCCACUGCAACCUGCUUGGAGCUGCUGUUGAUAUUGUCAAGGAGUAAUGCCACGUUGCCUCCCUCCCUCCGCUGCAUGAAUUCUUUCCAGGUAACUGUCCAGUUUUUCCAGCACCACUUAUUGAAGAGGCUGUCUUUUCUCCAUUGUAUGUUCUUGCCUCCUUUGUUGUAAAUUAGGUGCCCAUAUGUGCAUGAGUUUAUCUCUGGGCUUUCUAUCCUGUGCCAUUGGUCUAUAUUUCUGUUUUUGUGCAAAAUACUCGCAAACAGAAUCCAAAAGCACAUUAAAAGGAUCAUACACCAUGAUCAAGUGGGAUUUAUCCCAGGGAUGCAAGGAUUCUUCAAUAUACGCAAAUCAAUGUGAUACACCAUAUUAACAAAUUGAAGAAUAAAAACAUAUGAUCAUCUCAAUAGAUGCAGAAAAAGCUGUUGACAAAAUUCAACACCAAUUUAUGAUAAAAACUCUCCAGAAAAUGGGCAUAGAGGGAACUUACCUCAACAUAAUUAAGGCCAUAUAUGACAAACCCACAGCAAACAUCAUUCUCAAUGGUGAAAAACUGAAAGCAUUUCCACUAAGAUCAGGAACAAGACAAGGAUGUCCACUCUGGCCACUCUUAUUCAACAUAGUUUUGGAAGUCCUAACUACAGCAAUCAGAGAAGAAAAAGCAAUAAAAGGAAUACAAAUUGGAAAAGAAUAGGUAAAAAUGUCAUUGCCGAUGACAUGAUACUAUACAUAGAAAAUCCUAAAGAUGCCACCAGAAAACUACUAGAACUAAUCAGUGAAUUUGGUAAGGUUGCAGGAUACAAAAUUAAUGCACAGAAAUCUCUGGCAUUCCUAUACACUGACAGCGAAAAUUCAGAAAGAGAAAUUAAGGAAAUACUCCCAUUUACCAUUGCAACAAAAAGAAUAAAAUACCUAGGAGUAAACCUACCUAAGAAGGUGAAAGACUUGUACUCAGAGAACUAUAAAACACUGAUGAAAGAAAUCAAAGAUGAUAUAAACAGAUGGAGAAAUAUACCAUGUUCUUGGAUUGGAAGAAUCAAUGCUGUGAAAGUGACAAUACUACCCAAAGCAAUCUACAGAUUCAACGCAACCCCUGUCAAACUACCAAUGGCGUUCUUCACAGAAUUAGAACAAAAAAUUUUACAAUUCGUAUGCAGUUUGAUUUUAACUAUAAGAAACGCACUGAUAUCCAGUGUCCACAUUUGCAUGACGUGAAAACCAUAUACGGUGACCCUUGAAUAAUAUGGGUUCGAAUUGCACAAUUCCACUUAUACAUGGUAUUUUUCGAUGGUGAAUAUCACUGUACUGCAUGGUCUGUGGUGGUUUGAAUGUGCCAAUGGAAAGGAACCGCGGAUGCAGAGGGCCAGCUAUGAGUUACACACAGAUUAAUCUCCACGUUGUUCAAGGGUCAGCUGUAUUCAACUUCUCAAUUGUUCAGAAACUAAUAAUUUUACGGAUAAUUCUCCCAUCCAGCUACUUUUUCACUACCUGUUUUAAUAUCUGUAUCCAAAGAGAAGAAGAAAACAACACAUACAAAUUUGGCCAUUAGUUGGCAUAUCAGGUGAAAGGCUUUGAUUGUAUGGAAGUUUGAUGUUGUGGUUCCAACUUAAGAAGUUUUUUAUAUGUAUAUGCAGUCUAUAUAGGGGCUCCAAGAAAUGGGUAGGCAGGGGCCCAGGAACUUUGCAGAUGAGGAGCAACAAAGGGGCUACAGAAAGGGAAAGUGAGGAUUCUAUCUGUACACCAUUUUUUUACUGUCUACUUUCAGACGUUACACUACGUAAACAGUCUUGUUUAUCAUAUGCCAUGCUCAUGUCUAGGUAAAUUAUAGCCUUUAUUA